AUGAUUUUAUCGUCAAUCGCAUCGUUAAUUGAUUUUAAAUACAUAUUUUACGAUUUCUGGGAACUGGAGGGCGAUCCACGUAUCGGCGAUCGUCUAUUUUUUCAGGGCGGUCCCUGGACAACCUGGUCGCUGAUUGCCGGCUACAUAUAUUUUGUCAAAUGGUUGGGGCCGGGACUGAUGAAGGACCGGGAGCCCUACCAGUUGCGUACACCGAUGAUUGUCUACAAUUUUACAAUGAUUUUGGUAAACGCCUGGUUCUUCUAUCAGAUAUUCUGGGUAUUCAGAUUUGGGUUGGAUCUGAAUUUGGCUACAUUUGUACGGCCAGAUCCCCGAGAUACCGGUCCAUUGGCUAUGAGUGCCGUACAGUUGGGUUAUUUGUUUUUCUUGUCGAAACUGGUCGAUCUGAUUGAGACAGUGUUUUUUGUUUUGCGCAAAAAACAUAACCAGAUAAGCAAUUUGCAUGUCUAUCAUCACAGUGCCGUACCAUUCCUGGUACACCUGUCCCUGAAAGUAUGUCCAGUGGGCGGACCGGGCACACUGUUCCCCCUAUUGAAUACCAUUGUCCAUAUGGUGAUGUACGCCUACUAUGGACUGUCGGCAUUGGGACCGUCCGUCCAGAAGUACUUGUGGUGGAAACGAUACAUAACACAGAUUCAAUUGAUUCAGUUUAUCAUAUUUUCAAUCUAUAGCCUGAUAUUUAUGUGCUUUCAACAGGACUUUCCCAUUAUAUUCACUUAUAUGGGUCUCUGUCAGGUAGUUGUCAAUUGA